AUGACCGCAACCUCGGGUGUCACCGUUGACACCUCCGACAAACCCACCUCCCCGUCGAAUGCGACUGAUUCACCUCAGCUUCCCCAAGGAGGCUCCCCCACAAACCAAAACGGGAGAGACACAGAACGAGCCCCUCAACCAGCGACGUCCGAAUCGGCCCUAGAGACAGCGAAGCAUGAGUCUACAGAACCAGACGAGGUCGACGAUUUUGGCCUUCCCAUCCGCGCACGCCACAAACCCGAUCCCCCCACCAGCGAGCCACACGCAAACGAAAAUGCCAAUCACAAAAUCCAGCAGACAGCUGCAGGCUCGACAAGCUAUAGUGAGGCUUUGAAGAAGCCAGCGAAACCAGAGCCGCAGGACAAGCCCGAAGUUGAGACGGCCCCUGAGCUGGCCAAGGUCAACAACGCAGAACAACCAAACAAGGAUCUGGAGGGUCAAAACACUACUCCUGAAAAUGCAGAGAAAUCACACGAUCUGGAUGAUACUGCUCGGCCCCGUACGUCAACCUCGAAGCACAAGCCAGCCGAGAUGUCGGAAUGGUCCCAUCAGCGACUGAACCAACCACAACAAUCACACCCCGAGAGCGACGACUCAGAGGAGGAACCCGAGGAAUGGAAGUCGAUGCCCGCCCUUGGAGAAUUCGACUACUACGAUGACUAUGGGAGAUUGAUCGCCAAAGGUGCCAAGGAAGAAGGCGACGAGGCCGUAUACCAAGGACUAGGAGGAGCUGGGAAAGGCUAUACCCGAGUGCAGCUUGAUGAAGAUGCCCAGUCUGCCACAAGUCUAGAUGAAGACACAAGCUAUCUAUUCCGAGAGACAGGAGGAAACUCUGCCGGUCUAGUUGGCGAGGAGCUUCGAGAUUCGAUCAGCCAGCUCCAGGCUACCAAAGACUUGCUCAAUGAGACCCAAAAGAUCGCAUAUGUGGGAGUUGUCAGGCUGUCCAUCCAUGCUAUGAACCGUGAUUUGGCAUCCAUCUCCACGACGAAAUCUACACGCAAAGUAAUGCAGAAAGCCUCCGAUGCCAUGAGGAAAUGGGGCCAAGCGAUCAUGGCUCGAGUCUAUGCUCAUAUGGAUAUCAAUUCAGCUGAGCAGAUUAUGAUCGAGCAACUUGCGGAGCAUGGCGUGCAACCAGAGGACCUGGUACGACCACUCAUGCAAAAUGCGCGAGUCAAGAACCCCAUGGCCGAGAAUGAUCCAAAAACUUCUACAUCUACGGCGGAGUCUCCCAGUCUCAAAAAGGACCCACAACUGAGGCUAUCGGCAGAGUCAGACACAUCCUCUGAAUCGGACCCUCCACCGCCAUAUGAAGCUCAGGAGACCGAGGAACCCCCAGAGGUCACGACUCCUUCUCAGAUGCCUACUACUGAUCGAAUCGACAUCGAUCUCCGAUGGACUGUGCUCUGUGACCUGUUCCUUGUGCUGAUCGCAGACUCGGCAUAUGAUGCUCGGUCACGAACGCUCUUGGAAAGGGUCGGUGCAGCUUUGGAUGUAACAUGGCUGCAGAUCUCUCGGUUUGAGAAGCGUGUCACGGAUUCACUCGAGAUGCAAGAGCAAGCAGACAAAGAGAACUGGGACGAGUCAGAUCAUAUGGAAAAGCGCCGCAAGAUGGCCUUGAAACAGAAGUAUAUGAUUAUGGGCCUGGCGACAGUGGGUGGCGGACUGGUCAUUGGCCUUUCCGCCGGACUGUUAGCUCCUGUCAUUGGAGCUGGUCUUGCAGCUGGCCUUACUACUGUGGGUAUCUCCGGAACAAGUGCGUUCCUUGGAGGAGCUGGUGGUACCGCCCUGAUCGCUUCCGGUGCUACACUUGGCGGAAGUACUAUUGGUAUGAGGGCUUCACAUCGCCGGACUGGUGCUGUUCAAACGUUCGAGUACCGUCCUCUUCAUAAUAAUAAAAAGGUCAAUCUUAUCGUGACGGUUUCGGGAUGGAUGACUGGCAAGGUCGACGAUGUUCGCCUGCCUUUCAGUACCGUCGAUCCGAUCAUGGGUGAUAUCUAUUCCGUGCUGUGGGAGCCUGAAAUGCUUCGAAGUAUGGGUGACACCAUCAACAUUCUGGCAACGGAGGCAUUAACUCAAGGUCUGCAACAAGUUCUGGGCAGCACCGUCUUGAUGGCGUUGAUGGCAUCAUUGCAACUUCCUCUUGUCCUGACUAAACUUGCAUAUUUGAUUGACAACCCCUGGAUCGUCUCAUUGGCUCGCGCCAACUCUGCCGGUCUUGUCAUGGCCGAUUCCUUGCGAGAUCGGAAUCUCGGUAACCGACCCAUUACCCUGCUCGGUUUCUCGCUCGGCGCGCGUGUCAUCUUUUCCUGUCUCAAAGAGCUGGCCGACAAGGGUGCCCACGGACUCAUUCAGAACGUAUACCUGUUCGGGUCACCCGUUGUUGCAAAUAAAGAUGAAUACCUCAAGGCUCGGAGUGUAGUGUCUGGCCGAUUUGUGAACGGCUACGCCACAAACGAUUGGAUCCUGGGCUACCUCUUCCGAGCUACAAGUGGCGGUAUCAUGCGUGUGGCCGGUCUCGGGGCUGUGGAAGGCAUCCCAGGUAUUGAGAACUUCGAUAUCACCCGGCUCGUCAACGGUCACAUGGACUACCGUACCGCAAUGCCUCGCAUCCUGCGGGAAGUCGGAUGGGAAGUUCUCGAGGAUGAGUUCGCAGAAAUCGAAGACCCAGACCCAGACAACCACGCCGAACGCCAGCGAGAGCUCAUUCGUGAAAUCGACGAAGCCCGCCGAGAAGCAGAAGCAAAGCCAGAAAAGAAGCGCUUCGGUAUCUUCAAGCGAGGCAAGAUGGCUGAAAAGAAGAAAUGGGAGACCUACGACAUUGACCGAAACAAUGCCCCGCGCGAUUCAAACGACACCGACAGCCCUGGUAUGGUGCUCUUCGAUAUCGAAGCCAUUCGAACCGAGCUGGCCUCGGAGGCCAUCGAAGUUAAACAGCUAGAGUCGACCAUGCCUCCGAUGAAGCUAGACCUGAACCCCCCGUCAGACCCACCCACUCAGCCUUCUCCUACUCCUAAGACACCAAAGACACCUAAGACACCUAAGACACCCGAUCUUCCACCCCCUUCCCGAGUUUCUUCAGAGCCCCCGCAAGCCUCGGGACCGUAUUCUCCUCACGGCCCGAAUGAGCAUUCCACCGUACCAAAGGACGAGUUCGAAAUGACCUUUGAUACCUCUUUCCAUGAAUCCCCAAAAUCCAACAACGACCCUCUUGCUCGGCCCGAGCUACGGUCUGCAGCUACAAUGCCUACAAUGCCUACUAUUGGCACAACUGCUGUCGGCGCCAUGGCUAUGGAGCCUAAUGCUUGGGCAGACCAAGACACGGGACAUGGGGAUGGCGAGAUCUCAAUGACGUUUGAGUAA